AUGUCGUCGGAUUCCGAACAAGUUUCCUCAGGUGCAAGCUCCUACGCUUCCGACUCUGACGUCGAAAUUAGAUCGGUUCAAGUUGGCAGCACCGGUGAUUCAAAGAAACGUAAAUCAAUGGAAUCCUCUGAAAAUAAAAAAGCGGGUGGCGCGAAGGCAAAGAAGUUCAAGUCAGCAUCUGUUGUUGCUUCCUCCGACAUCGAGGACGAUGUCCCAUAUGAUCCUAUCAAUCCUUUUGUAUUCGGACAAGGGGGCUACAUUUCUCAUCAGAAACGCCUCGACUCCAAACACCAAGGACCAUCCACAAAAUCCAGGAGCAUAUUUUCUGAAGACGAGGAUCCCCAGCCAAAGAAGAAAUCUAUUGCGCCGAUGAAACCAAAUGCUCGUAGUUGCAAAAAGCAGCGCUCCAAACCCAAGUCGAAACCUGUUGAGGCUGAUGUGGGCUCUGGGGACUCAAAUAUGGAGAAUGAACCACUUGUUACGCAGAAGAAGACUGUGGUUAAAGAAAAGAAGAUUGAGUCCAAAUCGAAGCGCGCGCCUACCACGAAGAAAACAGCUGACAAGAAAUCAUCGGACAAAAACGACGCCACUAUCAAGCGAUUGAAGUCCUUGGUUUUAGCAUGCGGUGUGCGUAAACCCUGGGCGACGCUUUUCGAAGGUGUCGAUCGUCCGUCACAGCAGAUUAAAAUCAUCAAGGAUAUCCUCACUGAAUUGGGCAUGAAGGGCCGAAUGAGCAUGGAGCAGGCCAAAGCCAUUCGAGAAAAACGAGAACUGGAGGAAGAGCUAGCUGACGUCCAAUCCUUCGAGAAGUCGUUUGUGAGCCGCUCGUCGGGGAGCCGCGCUAUGACAAAGAAGGCAGUUGAAUCCGACCAAGAUGACUCUAAUGAAGAGAUGACUGGAAAAUCUGUGAAGCGAAAAAUGUCAGCUAGACAAAGCAUCGUGGCCUUCUUAGGUGACGAAAGUGACUGA